AUCGACGGCUGGUAUCUCAUGGCCACUGAGUACCUAGAGUGCCGUCGAUGUAAGAAGAAGGUCAGAGGCUGGUCACAGGGCAUCAUCAGGCAGCUGCCCCACACCUACAGCUGCCAAUUUCCUGCUGUACUCAUGUACAGGUUGUCCUGACCUGAGGGUGGUUGCACAGCUGAAGUCCCGCACUCUUGGCAACAGUGCCACUCAGCUGUGCAACACCCUGCGGGAGACCCACACUGACUCCUGGAUGCGGAGAGCGAUCCACUACCUCGGCGUGUGUGAGCAGUUCCUGGCCUUGUGCUCCGUGAGGGGGCCGUUUCCACCACCGCCCCAGAUGCCCCCUCUGCCGUCAGCCGAGUGGCUGCUGACGGUGUACGGCUACGACGUCCUAAUGUGGCUGGAGGAGUACAAGGUGACGAAGAAGCUCGCAGGUAUCGCCUCGGACACGGCCGCGUGGGUUACUGUCGGUAACGAGCAUGGGCAGGUCCUCAUCAGUGUCCUCACCUCCUCAGAGGGCUCUGAGGGCCUGUCCAGCAUGGUGGCCGGAUUGAUGAGGCGAUACCAGCACACCGGGGUAGCUCCCCCCCAGCUCAUCUACGUAGACCGGGACUGCUGCAGCCGAGACGGCGUGUCCAAGACAGCUGCCUUAUUUCCAGAGUGGGGACAGCUGCUGGUGAGGCUGGACAUCUGGCACCUGAUGCGGUGCUUCGCAUCUGGUGUCACCACUGAGUCUCACCAGCUCUACCCCACUUUCAUGAGGCAGCUGUCUCAUUGCAUCUUCGAGGUGGAUUCUGGAGAUGCCCGCCGUCUCGCUGAGGCCAAGCGGUCCGAGCUGGAGGGGAAGCACGGGAUGGUCGGCCUGACGGACGCCGAGGUGAUCCGGAGCAUCUCCAAGGAGGAGUGGAGGCUCCACUGUCGUCGGCGGACGCGUGGGGCCGAGGAGACCGCACUCUUCGUCAACGACCUCCUGGACACCUUCAGCCUUCCGGCCGGACGCAACACCCUGGACAUCCCGCUGCUAGACGCUCUCCGCAUCCAGGACAUCUGGAAGACGCAGAGACGCCACCUCAGCUGCAUUCAGGACCCACCGGGCGUGCAGCUGUACAGCCAGACUGGCAGGCUGACAAAGGGCGGGGUCAGCCUGCCGGUUUAUCGCUGCGCCGGGGGCUCCACGUCCCUGGAGUCCUUCCACCUCCACCGGUUCAUCCCAGUUUACAGUGCCAGCGCCAAAUACUUCCAGGUGUUCCUGGUUGAUGGACUGGUGAGGUGGAAUGAGGACAGAGCAGCAGCAGCUGCACCUCCGGUUGCAGCUGAGGAGCAAGUGGCGUCUCUGCGCUCCUACUGUGGCCACCUCAAGCACAUCCUGAACCAGAAGAGCCAACGGGUGCUUGGCCUUCACAUGUUUCAGGACUUCACCAGGCCUGCUGCGUACACAGGUGAGCUCAUCGGGGUGGAGUACCUGUACCAGCAGACCGGACGUGUGCUUGAGGAUGUCAGUCUGGACCCUGACGCUCCGGACGAGGCUGCUGCCAUCCAGGCGCUGGAGGAGGCGGAUGAGGGGUUCGAGGACGAUGUCGGGGACCCCACGGUCUUCGAGCCAGAGCCCCCCUCCGCCAUCACAGCGGCAGCAGCCCGGUCAGGUGAUCCAGCUGACGCACCCAGGUCUGAGCCAUCCUGUCCGGCCGCCCCUGACCAGGACGCCCCUCCUGAUGCCCGGAAGGACCAACUCCGGCUGCCCCAUACUCCUCCGACUCUGAGGAGGAGAUCCAGGGUCCUGAUGGUCAGCCGGGAUACCAACAUGUCCUGAAGUUGGCCCAGGCCCUGGUGGAGAUCCGGAACCUUCAGGGGCUCUCUGACAGCAGGGUAGACAGGCUCAUUGCACUCUGGCAACGCCUGCC